CCUUGGUUUGUGUGGGAUAUCAUGAAGUUCUUCAUCAUCCGAUCUGCCUAGCUGGCAAUUGAUGAGGUGCUAUGAUUCAUCAGCUACUUGUUUAUAACUCCGCCCAUUUUGAGUCAAGGUUUUGGGAGAAAAAAGGUGAAAACCUCAAUACAUUAAGAUUGCGUCCCAACUGCACAUAAAUCAGCUGAGAUCAUGCAUGUGUGUUGUUCAGUUAUUCGCGAGACAUGGACUCGAAAGGAGCUGUUCACCUUGCUGCCGGUUAGUAAAACUACGAUGUCUGUAUAUUGAACUCAAAGGUAGUAUUAAGCCUAAUUUAACAUUUUAGUUCUGGAAAAAAAAAACACUUCAGACGCAUGCGUGAUCGAUGUCAAGUGGCGUCUUGGCAUGUUUCGUGCAGUGGCGCAAUUAUGCACUAAAAUAAUACCAGAGAACUGCGAACAAAGAACGCCUGGCCAGAUGCCAUGGCUCUUCAGCAGACAUUAUCAUGAGUCACUUCCCAAACCGUCUGAAAGUUUCUUCAACCCAAAAGCUCCUCUACGUUGUCUUUCUACCUUUUGCCCAGGUAAGAUACAAAUUUCACCAAAUUCCUGAAAAUGAAGUCAGAUUUUGAGAGGCCAGGGUGAGCAACAGUCCGUGAUACCGAUGGCUGAGGCGUCAGUUCACAGCACUAGCGGUGUACGUGGAGAGGUCGUCGAAGAGCCUCAUUCACCAGAGCUGGAGAAAACAUGUUCGAGUUCUUAUCCACCGGGGGAAGCGAAGAAUCUGCGUUGCGGUUGGAAAUCAUGGAAACCUGCCUGCUUCCAGCGAUGCAACACACCUCCUUGGUUGCUAGCCUGCAUUUGUUGCGCUGCCAUGGUCCAAGGUGUGGCUGUCAACGGUCUCAUCAACUCCUCCAUGAGCAGUUUGGAGAGACGCUUCGAGCUAUCAUCCUCCAAGCUGGGGCUCCUGCCGUCGUUCUACGACGUCGUCGCUGCGCUCUUGCUCGCUCCGGUGGGCUACUGCGGAGCGCGGGGCAACCGGCCCAGGUGGCUAGCUGCCGGUCUGGUCAGCCUGACCAUCGGCUCUUUCGUGUUCGCCUUGCCGCAUUUCACUACCGACCUCUACGAGUUUACAAUCAGCAAUAAGAGCGACGUUUGCUCAUUGAGGACCAGCAACGGCGAGAUGGCUCAGCGCCAAGUGCAUGCCUCGGGGCAGUGCCUUCCGGAGGACGAGUCCAAAAUCUCCAGCUUGUCGCGAUAUUGGUAUGUCUUCAUCCUUGCCAACCUGUUCUUCGGAACAGCAUGUGCCCCUCUGUACUGUCUUGGACCAGCUUUUAUUGAUGAGAGUGUCAAGAUGGAAUCAGUUGGUCUUUACCUCGGUAUCUUUUCGUUCUGCUGGGCACUGGGACCAGCAAUCGGUUUCACGGCAGCUGGUAUCAUACUUGACAAAUUAUUCACAGAUUUCUUUGAGACAGACACAUCGAGUUUAGGAAUCGAUUCGUCCAGCAGAGAAUGGAUAGGGGCUUGGUGGGUGGGAUUUCUUCUUUGUUCCAUGUUCGCUCUCAUUCUUACAGUGCCAAUUAGUUGCUUCCCAGUCGAGCUCCCAGAAACCCAGAAACACCGAAGCAAGCGCUCAUCUCAGGCACACACAAAAUCCGGGGUGGAAAUAGUCAGCAGGGCAGACUUCGGCCUGACUUGGCGAGAUAUGCCCACGGCCACCAAGCUCCUCUGCCGAAACCCCACCUACAUGCUGCUCAAUCUAGCCCUGACAGCAGACGUGAUUUUCCUCUCCGGCUCCCAGGCCUUCCUGCCUAAAUUCCUGGAGAGCCAGUUUGGAGUCAGCUCUGGGGAUGCCAGCCUUAUAGUUGGUGUAAUUGUCACAAUUGGCGGAGGUGGCACAGUCCUGUUCAGUGGCUGGGUAAUCAAGCGCUACAACAUGAAGAUACCGGCACUGCUGAAGCUCUGUGCCAUAGUCACAGCCGUGGACGGCGCCCUCAUGCUUGGGUUGCUUCUGAGAUGUGAUGAGAUACCACUCGCCGGUGUCUUCAAGGAUUACCAAGGAAACGGGUCAUUAUCAGGUGUGUCGCUUGACAGUGCCUGCAACGCAGCAUGUGACUGCUCCACCGAGUUCUAUGUGCCAGUAUGUGGCAAUAACGAGAUGAUAUACUUCAGCGCUUGCCAUGCAGGCUGCAGGAGCUACAAUGACCAGACUAACAGCUACGUUGACUGUGCAUGUACAAACUCUAAUGGCUCUAUUGCUGGGAUGGCAACACCUGGUCUGUGCCACACAACUUGCAGUCACCUCUGGCUGUUCAUUGUGGUCCUUACUGCUGUUAUAGUAUUUUACGUCUUUUGUGGUGUUCCAGCGUUGAACAUUAUACUGAGAUGUGUGCCAGAUGGCCAGCAGGCAUAUGCUCUGGGACUGCAUGGCUUUCUAGUCAGGUCUUUGGGAUCCAUCCCCGGACCAAUCAUAUUCGGGUAUAUCUUCGACACCGCCUGCACGCUGUGGCACCAAGAAUGCGGGGAGAGGGGACAGUGUUGGUUCUACAAUCGCGCUGAUCUCUCACUUUACGCCACCGUGCUGGGCAUGAUCAUUAAAGGCGUGGUCUUCAUCUUCUACUGCCUAGCUUUUGCUUUCUACACCCCAAUCUCAUCUGAGGAUGCAGCGGACAAUGCGAGUAGACAGGAUGCUUGUAGACAAGUUGCUCUCCAAGUCAGUGUGUGACAUGGGCAUUCUUGAGGGAGGAAAAACUGUUUGAAGUUCCGUACAAAAACUUCCUAUUACAAAUUACUUCAUAUCAGUGAUGGAAGAGCAGCCUAAGAACUGGCACUAUGCAGGAGUUCAGAGAAUUUAUCAUCUGAUGAGGAUGAAGCUGCAAGCCACCCUCUUCAACUUUUUCCAGGGACGGUUUUCUCUCCUCUGCGAAGUAUUCUUAAAAUGAGCACCAUGGUUGGGUGCAAUAUUUUAUUAGUCAUUUUAGCAUUGAGUACCAUUUGACAUAACUGGAAACAGUAAUUCACCGGUCAGUCUUAUGUGCCUUAUGAUGAAUGCAUACGGCAGGAAUUCAUUUGAUUAAUCUUGAUCACUUGGAAAAGUUGAGAGAGAAAAAAAACCAGCACAUAUCAUGGAGUAGGAUCCUGUGUACACAUGUUUGUGCUUUAUAAUUGGUGUAAGUUUUCAGAUAUCAAGUCAACUUAUUGUCUGAAAAACUUAUUGUCUGAAAAAAAAAUACAUCUUGAAAAUUAUUGUCUGAAGCAUCAUUUCUGCAUCACUGCAGGUUAAAAUACAUUGUGUCGUUGGCAGUCAGAGGUUUCAUAUGUAUACUUCACUUUGUUUCUAAAAACAAUUCAGAAAUAAACCAAAAUAUGCAAUACACUGGA